GAGGAUCCAAGUAUAUUAGUUCUAUGGAAUAGGAUAAAAAAGGCGAAAAACGUGAAAACAAAAAAUAUGUUUCAUGCCGGUGUGGAUGAACAGGAGGAAGCAAGGCUCUCAUUCAAGUCACAUCAAAACAGCUAUGGAAAACCUUCUGGAAAAUUCUGGCUCCCAAGGCCUCUGUGAUGUCACCGCGUGUUGCCAUGACGACCCCACGCUGUCCCCAAGCCCAUCUGGCCACUGACAGCCCGCCUGUCCGGUCAGAUUUCCUGCGCUCUCCAGUGAUUCCCACUGCGAGCAGAGCACUUGAAGGCGAACUCACCUGAUUUCUCCCGAUCCUCACCCACCUUGAUCCCCGUCCGUCCUGAUCCUCGUCCGUCCUCCUCCUCAUCCAACCCCGUCCUCGUCUCUUCUUCUCGUCAUCCUCCUCCUCGCCCGUCCUCCUCCUCGCCCUUGACCCUUAUUCCUCGCCAACCCUCGUCCUCAUCCGGUUUGUUCGCUGCAGCUGAGCCAGAGAGGAUCCCUCGCCAGCUGCUGAUGGCGUGGCAGGCACAAGCCAGCAGAUACACCACCCCGGCCAUGGCUGCACCUGUGCCUGCCCACCUGCCGCCCACCAGCCAAGGGCUGCUGGUGCCCCCCCAGCCUGCCCAGCACUACCCUGUCACCUACCACCUGGGACAGGGCAGCGUCUGGCAGGGGGUGCCAGGGACCCUGGGGCAGCUGCUGCAGCUCCCGCCAGGGGUGCAGCUGCAGCAGGUCCCCCAGGUGGUGCAGCUGUCCCCAGGGGUGCAGCUUUGCCACGGGGUGCAGCAGGUCCAGCUGCCCCAAGGGGUGCAGCUGGUGCAGGUCCCCCAAGGGGUCCAGCUGCCCCCUGGCCCUGCUGCAUAUCCACCACCCUACCCCUGGGGACAGCAGCUGGUGACCGGCACCACGCUGGUGCCACAACAGCCCAUGGGGCUGGGGCCAUGGGCUGUGGUCCAAGGGCAGCCCCUGUACCCCGCGGGCUCAUACCAGCCGCCCGUCCCUGCCCGCCCCGGCCCCCCGACAGCCCGUGGCCCCGCGGCUCGGCGGGUGCGGAGCCGCCCUGCGCCCCACACCCUGCCUGACACCAGCAAGGAGCCAGCGGAGGCCUCCGGCAGGGACGGCGUGGCUGCGGAGCUCAGUGUCCCCGCUGCCAUCCCCCACCAGCCCGCCCUGGCUGCACCACCAGAGACAUCCAGUGGGGAGCCCACAGGUGAGUGCCAGGGCUGGCAGAGCCCACGGGUGGGAGGACAAGCUGAGGACAGCUGGUAUCACCCACCUUGGAUGGUUUUGUUUGCUUUGUCAGCAGAGGUGACCACCAAGGCAGCCCUGGGGAGCCCGGGGGGUCUCCCCCAGCAGGAACCACCUACCUGCACAGGGGCUGCUGUCGAGUCGGACCCAGGCACCAUGGCCGACGACCUGAUCGCCUGGCUGGAAGCCACCAUGGGUGGGGAUGACGUCCCCGAUGUCGCGGACAGCCCCGACCUGGCCAGCUUCCUCCGUGAGCUCCCUGACCUCUCUGGGUACGUGGGACAUGGCAGCUGCCCAAAGCAGCCAGCGGUGGCACUGGGGAUGGGGAACACCAACCCUCAUGUCCAUGACACCACAAACCCACCACCUGCCUCAACGAGCUCCCCGAUCUCUCCGAGCACAGGGCAGAGAACACCAGCCCCGGAGAGCGAGUGGCGGUGGUGACGCUGGAGGACGGCGAGGACACCAGCCGUGUCCCCAGCUCUCCCAGCAUCCUGACCCAGCCGCUGGACUUCUCCGAGUACGUGGCAGAUGGCGGCUGCUCCAAGAAAACAGUGGUGGCCGUGGGGCUGGGGGACAGCGAGGACACCA